CAUAUUAGGAACUAUUUAAUUUAGAAUUUUCGGUAAUCAUUUAAAUAUUAAAAAAUAUUAAGAGAAAAAAUAACAAAAUAAAAGUAUUGGGCUGUUUAUGUUUACAUUUUUUCCUCCAGACUGCUGAUGAAAUCGGAGAGAAACCGCCGCAUCGCGACGAAUGCGUUUCUGUAUAUAUACCCAUUUAAAAACUUUCCUUGUUAAAUUCUCCGAUAAAAUCUCCUCAUUUUAUUGGCAAAAAUGAUGCGGUCUAAUAGACGUAUAUAUUCUUUAGUGAAUCAUAUUUUCAAAAAUAUAAAGUUGGAAAAAAGAAUUGAUUUGUACCAAAGAGGUCUAAAUAACUGCAGAAAUUUUUCAGUUCAUAAUGAGAAGGAUGUUAAAGAAAUAGAAAUUCCUCUGCCUUAUGGAAAAGUGGCUGCAAAAGCUUGGGGGAAUGAAAAAGCAUUUCCAGUUUUAGCUUUUCAUGGUUGGUUGGAUAACUGUGGAACUUUUGAUAGACUGAUACCUUUACUUUCUAAUCAGUUUUACUUUGUAGCGAUUGAUGCACCUGGUCAUGGGAAAUCUUCACACUUACCAGCUGGUACACUGUAUUCAGAUAUUAGUAUGGUAAUGGAUUUUAAAAAAGUAGUUGAAUAUCUUGGAUGGGGAAAGUUUCAUAUUGUAGGCCACAGCUUAGGUGGAAUAUUUGCAUUGUUAUUUUCAGCAAUUUUUCCUGAUUUAGUGAAAAAAGUUGCAUUACUUGAUGUUGCAAAACCAAUGUCAUCAUCAUUGGAUUUAGUUCUUGAUGUCAAAGUUAAUGGUAUAAAUAGAUUUAUGAAUUUGGAGAAAAAAGUGUUAAAUGCUGUGCCGCCAGUAUAUACAUCUGAAUCUGCAGUCACAAGAUUAAUAAAAGGCACUCAUAACGAAAUCAGUGAAGAAGGAGCAAGAAUUUUGUUAAAACGUGGCUCUAAACCAUCUGAUUGUGGGCAAGGGGUUAUUUUCACUCGUGAUUUAAGAUUUAAGCCACUUGAAUUAAUUAGUAUGAGAAGUCAUGCAACUUAUGAACAGUUCAUGUCUUAUUUACAAUGUGAAUUAUUAGUUAUACUUGCUAAUCAAACAUCUGCAUAUUAUCAGCCAGAAGAACCUGAAAUUCUGCAACGAUUUCUUGAUUUUUAUGCUAAAAAUGUGCCAGGAUUUACUUUAGAACAUGUUGAUGGAAAUCAUUUUGUUCAUUUAAAUAAUCCUGAAAGAAUAGCACCUAUAGUUAAUAAAUUUUUAACCAGAGAACCUAUUUCAAAAUAAGGUGUUUAGUAAUAAUUUUUUUAAAUACACGUUGUAAAAAUUAUUUCUAGAUUUUUACCUCUUUGUUAUAUAUAGUUCAGAAAAAAUAUUAUAAAUCUUACUUCUGUUAAGUUUAAUAUAGGUGGUUGAUUUUAAAAUUGUUCAAAUAUUUAUUAUGUUUUGUUUCUUCACUAUAGUAUGACAUUAGAAUCUUGAUUAUUUUGUAACUUUUAAAAUUUUAUUAAUAAAUAGGAGCUUAUUUUUUAAUUGAUAUCAAUAAAAAUUUACUUCAUAAUAAACAUUGUACAUAUUACCAUAAAAUGACCUACUUAAAGCACCAAUGAUAAAUAAUUCAAUUUGACAUAAUGUUAUCUUAUAUGCAGACAUGACACAAGCUUGGGAAAAAAAGCCACUGAAUUUCAUAAAAUAAUGUAUUAUGCCCGAUAUAAACAUUAAGAAGUAAAAUAAUUAUGAUUAAUUCAACAAUAAAAUGAAUAAAUUUAUACAAAAAGUGCUUGAGACUUUAAAAAUAUUGUAAUAGUAUUACGUAAUAGGAAAUUAAUUAAUCUUGUGUUAAAUUUAAUUCUGAAAAUGCUGAAAUCUGCAUCAUGCCUGUGUAUAAAAUAACUUCCUCCUUUGACAUGUUUCUAGAUUUCAAUACAGAAAAUGAGCUAAAUAUACAUUUUUUUUUAUUUGAAAGUAUUAUUUUUUUUAAAAUUUGAUAAAAUCAUACAUACAUCUUAAAAGAAAUUUCAGUUUAUUAUUCUAUCUUGGGAACUAUUAAUUAAAAAUUCUUAAUAUAUAUAAGAUUUAUAGAUUUCAUGUCUUAUACAUUUGUUAGCUGACUUCUGAAGUCAACAUGUAAAAAGUUUGUGUGCUUACUUUUUAUUAUUUUAUCGAUAUCAUUAUUCAGAGUAUUUUUUUAAAAUAUUUCCUGACAG